GCCUCGUCGUCGUGUCUCUGCCUCCACCAACCGUCCUGCGCGGCCGCCGCUCUCUCUAUAAAUACCACCGGACGGCUGGCCCUCAUCAUCAGUCGUCGUACCCGUUCGCUGCCGUUCAGUUCUGCCGACUCUCAACAGUGCGCCGUACAAUCGGUAACUUGUAAUAUUCCUUACAUCACUUGCAUUUUAUUGUAUUCGGUUUUUCUUUCAAUCGUACAAAAAUGAAAUCCGUACCGUUGUGCCGUAACAGUGAAUCCGGAGCCGUAACCGGUGGCCGAGUGCACAGGAAACGCGAAAACUUGGAAGACGAGAAAAUCCAAAAGUACUUGUCCAAGCUCAAAGAUUUGGUGCCACUCAUUCCUAAGGAUAAGAGAAUAUCCCGACUGGAAGUAAUUCACCACGUCAUCGAUUACAUUUGUGACUUGGAGGACAUGUUGGAAAACCAUCGGUCGGUUAACCCGGACGCGGUACACACGGCCGCUGCGGCCGUCAUGCUCUCGUCGUCCGUCCAAGCGGCCGCCGUCAGACAACCUUUGGGUAUCAUAUCAGCGCCAAAUGCUCUGGCCAAAACCGGAGCCUCGGUUAUGGCCCUAACACAACCGCAAAAUUCGUCGUCCUCUGCUGCCCAACCGAUUAUCUCUCCUAGCUCUCGAGCAUCUCAGGACAAGCUAUCGAAUUCGCCAGAAUCAAGAGCCGUUAGUUGUUAGAUUUAACAAUUUAACAAUCAGUUAUAAAUUAUUUUAUGAAGAAAAAACGUUGCUCAUCAUCACCGUCGUCGUCGUCGUCACAAACACCGAAAUUAUUGUCACCCAAUUCAAACAACACCUUCGAUUUGGUCGACAUUCAGUAACCUUCGGCAAAUUUCUGGGAAAAUUAUUAAACAAUUACGAUGAAUUGAAUUUACUGUCGACACAUUCCAAAAAGUAGAACUCUUGAAAAACUCCCGUUGGGUUUUAUUUUACUCACCUUUUGUUUUGUUUAUGAAAAGCGCGUUUUUUUUAGUUGUACAGAUUUAGGUUAACGAUCCUAAUUGUUAUUAUUAUUUUAUUUUUAUUUUUUUGUUAUGACUGUGAUCCUAUCGUCGUAGAGCCUAGAUUUUAGUAUUUGUAUAGAUUUUUUAUUGGUAUUCAAUUACCAUAUUAACAACUAUAAAAUUCAAAAUUUAUUUAUGUAAAACACGAUCGGGUGGAUUAAAACAUUUGAGAAAAUAUUUAUUUUUAUAUAAUCCACUCAAUGGCAUGUAAUGAAUUUUAUGUAAACCAUACAGUAGAUAUACAAAUAUUUAUACAUAAAUCUAUUGGAUUAUGUAAAGCGUGUACGUGGUGCGCUCUUAUUUCUUUGAAGUAUAUAGUUUUUUUCUCUUUUUGUUUUCUUUUAUUAAAUGAUUUAUAUUGUUUGGGUAUAUUAAUUACUUGAGUUACUAGCCUAUAAUAAUUCAAUUAUAUAACGAUUUAUUACAAACAAA